AUGUCUGUGACAUUUUUAACACACCAUAAUGAAAAUAUUUAUAACAUUACUAAAGAACCUGCAGGUGAACCUAUCAAGCCAGAAUUAUAUACUUCUAAAUCCAAAAAUAAAAUUAAGGCGGAAAGAGUUUUUGAUAUUCGUUCAGAAAAAACUAAACCAAAUAGGAAAAUCUUGGUAAUGGGAUCAAAACUUUCUGCACAUAAAACUAUGGGUUAUAUUGAAACACCUCGUCCUGAUCCAUCCCAAUUUUUGCGUAAAAACCAUGGAAUUCGAUUUACUCGAAUAACAUCACAUAAGUGUGAAAAAAUGUCACAUACUUCUUCUCCUAAACUUGAAAUAAAUAAUAUAACAAGAAUGCCUUCCAAAAUUAAAAAGAACUUCCAAAACAUUAAUAUUCAAAACUGUUCUAAAAUUUCGAAAAAACCAUUUUCAAUGAAAGCCGUAAUUAAUGCUAAGGGUGAUACAGUACAUUUAUGCAAUGCUGGUCUAAUACCCUUUUAUAUUUUUUCACCAAACUUUGGAAAAAUUCCGCGGUAUAUAAAAGACAGACAGAAAAAUGUUGAAGAUCUCUCGGUUACGCAAAUGAAAAACAAAAAUACGUCCAUAUUUUCAAAACAUGUCAAUAUGAUUGAAAAUAAAACAAGAAGUGAAAUUAUUGCGGUACGCAAAUUUAUAUAUGUAUGUAAUUUUUAUUUAGGGAUUGAAUCCGUUUGCAAAAAAUAAGAUAUGUACAAGAUAAAUUUCUUGCCUAGUUUGCAAGGAAAAAUCUGAAAAAAGUAUACAACCAUAUGGUAUAUUUUCUGAUCCAAUACCUAUUGAACAUUUUUUCCUUUUUUAAUAGAAACUUCCACCUUGCUUUAAAUCUUGUGG